AUGUCCUCCGAAUCAAAUUACGAAUAUCUGCUCACACUCCCAAGUGUCCGAGAACAAGCGAAAAUCGUCUACGAAGCCGCAUUAGAAGGCCAACUUACCAACUUCAACCUCCAUCAAGACAAACUCGACUCCGCCGCAGACUAUGUCGUGAAUCUCAUUCUCAGAGAUUGGACCCCCUCCCAAUUCCCCCAAAUCCCACCCCACGGACGAUGGCAACAUUUCCACGCGGGAGGACUUCCCCGCCUCGACAAUCUCGUCGAAGAAAUGCGUUCCAACGGAAUCGAGGAGCGGGAACGUGCUCGUCGUGUGAUUGAUGUUAUUGUCGUUUCUGUACUGCUGGAUGCUGGAGCUGGGGAUGAGUGGAAGUUCACCGAGGGGGAUUUAAAAAUUGGACGGAGUGAGGGGUUGGCUGUUGCUAGUUUUCAUGCUUUUCAGGCGGGAAUUUUUGGGAAGGAGUGUGUUGAUGCCAAUGUUCUGUCCUCUCUAAAUGUAGAGGAUUUCACGGCAGCCAUGCAAUCGACGCCAGAAAAUCCUCUUCUCGGAGUAAAGGAGAGAUGUGCCUUGUUGAAAAGUCUCGGUGCUUCUCUAAUCAAGAUGCCUGAGAUCUUUGGUUCCAACCCCUCCAGACCAGGGAAUAUCAUCAACUACCUCCUAUCAAACACCUCUCCAGAAAAUGAAAAACUCCUAAAUUUCCAACUCCUCUGGUCCACCCUCCAAACCCUCCUCCUACCAGCCUGGCCCACAACAGACCGCACAACCCUAAAUUCCAAAGCACUAGGCGACGCCUGGCCCCUUCUCAUCCUCGCCMAAAAAAAAUCCAGUAGUCCACAAGGAGGCCCCGGCAUACAACCUUUCCACAAACUCACCCAAUGGCUCGCUUAUUCCCUAACAUCAGCCAUCUGUCGUCUGCUCCCCGACACGAAAUGGGAUAAUCUGGACUCCCUAACCGGCCUUCCCGAAUACCGUAAUGGAGGUUUUUUAAUCGAUACGGGAGUUCUGAGUUUAAAACCUGAAGUUCUAUCAAGAGGUUUACAAGCAAGUCCCACACCUCCCCUCCCGUUAUUCGCUCCGGGGGAUGAUGUGAUUGUGGAAUGGCGGGCUUUGACUGUGAAUUUGUUGGAUAUUGUUACGGGGCAAGUUAACGAGAAAUUGCGGGGGAAAUUCGGGGAGGAGGUGCAGAGGUUGAGUUUGGCUCAGGUGUUGGAGGCUGGGACUUGGAAGGCUGGGAGGGAACUUGCGCGGGAAUUGAGGGGGGAUUUGGGGGGUUGUAGUCCGAUUUUGACGAUUAGUGAUGGGACGCUGUUUUGA